AGCCGACCGGGAUGUUUUGGAGCUGAAUCUGAGAAUCGAAAACCUGGAAGUGUUGUGGCAGGGACUGGAAGAAGCACAAGCCGAGCUGGAGGAGCUGGAAACCACAAACGAAGGGAUGACCAGAGCGGCGAUGAUGGCUACAAUCGGCUAAUCGUCGACGAUGAGCGAAAAUAUGGCACAAUUCCAACCCGCAUCUACUGGCUGUAUCUGAAGGCGAGUGGAUUGAACAUUGCGAGCACUUUUCUGCUCAGUGCUUUAGCCCAGCAGUGCCUUCGCGUGUACACCGACUUUUGGCUGCAGAACUGGACCGAGCGAACACAGCAGCAUCCGGAAGGGGUUGAUCCGGUUGAUAUCAAGUAUAACUUUCGCGUGUACGCUCUGCUCUCAGGAAUGUGCAUCCUGCUGGCGACCGUAUCCUUCCCGGCAGGUCAGAUGGCAGGUAGUAAUGCCCGACGACGAUUGCACCGACAGCUAGUUGAAUCGGUGCUGAAAAACUCAAUCCAUUUCUUCCAAACGGUGCCCUUGGGUCGGAUCAUGAAUAGGCUAAGCAUCGAUAUCGGCGUGGUUGAUAAGAAAAUCGCCGCAACAAGUCAGAAGCUGCUGCAAUUCAUUCUGCUGUGCCUUUGUGCUGUGCUCAUAAAUAGUGUCGUGACGCCGUAUUUCAUCCUGUUAACAAUACCAAUUUGCGGCAUUUACUACGUCGUGCAGAAGUUUUACCGGUGCUCCUCCAGGGAACUCCAACGGUUGGAGAGUAUAACUUAUUCACCAAUUAUCGCACACUUUUCCGAAACCAUCGAUGGAGUAACGACGAUACGGGCUUACCGGCAGGAGUCCCGCUUCACCGAUACCCUCUUCCAGCGGAUGGAGGCCAACAACGUUGCCCAGGUUAUCCUGAACAGCAGCAAUCGGUGGCUGGGAAUUACGCUGGAUUACCUCGGAGCGUUUAUCGUGUUUAUUGCCAUAGUGAGUGGUUUGGUUACGGCUAGCUUUAAACCGGACACGACCAGUUCUUCCCUGAUUGGGUUGGCCAUCAACUACGCCCUAUUGGUUCCGAUCUACCUCAAUUGGGUGGUGAAGCUGGCUGCCGAAAUGGAAAUGUAUCUCGGGGCGGUGGAGCGAAUACAGUGUUUUAUCGAGGACAGCCAGGAGCGGGUCAGGGAGCGCAACAAGGUGAAAUAUAAACCCGUACCGAUUUCGUGGCCGAAGAAAGGUGACAUAGUGUUUGAAAAUGUCUCGCUACGUUACGAAAGCCAAAAGGAGAACGUAAUCACAAAUUUGAAUUUAACUAUUCCCACCGGACAAAGGAUUGGUAUAUGCGGUCGAACCGGAAGCGGUAAAUCUUCACUCGCGCUGUCCUUGUUCGGGGUCCUCGAGCUGGUCGAUGGGCGGAUAUUGAUCGAUGACGUGGAUAUUGCCAGCAUUAACAGCGAAGAACUACGUUGCCGGCUCUCCAUCAUUCCCCAGGAGGUGAUACUGUUCGGGGGUAGCCUGCGCGAGAAUCUGGACCCGCGGGGACACUUUGGCGAUCUGGAACUGUGGAAUUGUCUAGAAUUGGCACAACUGAAGGAGAUGGUGCUGACACUGCCGGAUGGGUUAGACACGCAAAUAGACGAAGGUCGGCCACUGUUUAGUGCUGGUCAGCGCCAGUUGCUCUGUCUGGCACGAGCCAUUCUUCGGGGUUCGGUGUGUUUGGUGCUUGAUGAGGCCACCUCCUCGCUCGAUUUGGAAACGGAAAAGCUGGUACUGGAGGCAGCCGGGAGAGCGUUUAAAGGCCGAACAGUGGUCACAAUAGCGCAUCGAUUGCACUCACUGUUCGAUUACGACCGAGUCAUCGUGCUGGAGCAGGGUAACAUCGUCGAGGACGGGUGCCCCCGGCUGCUGAGGAAAAGAUCCGGCUCCAAGUUCGCAGCCAUGCUGAAAGCAUCGACCGAUUACCACCAGCAACACCAUAGCAUGGUGGGUACUACUCGGAUAGCCGAGUAGUUGGAAUGUACGUGUAUAGCAGUGAUCCGGUGGUACUGAUUCAACCCCACAGGGGUUGGUUGAUAUUACAAUCUGGAUGGAUGAAUUGCAAUUUAGCUUUAUUGUAGUUGCCGGCAGGCUUCAGGUUAGGUAUUUGUAUUGUUGUUCCUCAUUUGACCGCCUCCUCGGCGGGAUAGACUGCACGGGUACUAAACAAGCGGAAAGUUGAGUCAGAUAGGGAUGAAAAUCCUCGGUGGAAACCAGCACACUCAGUCUCAAGUGAGUGCAAUUAUAAGAUUGCUUGUCACGCUGUUUAGCGGCGGUCUGCCAUAAUGUUCAAUAGGCUUAAUUUAUCGUUAUCUUUUUUAGUUGGAGUAUUGAUUAAAACUGUGAAUAAUAA